AUGCUGUCGCGACUUGUCGGGGCUGUAGAAGCUCGAUGCGCGGCCAAUCGUGAGGGGGAAGUAUUCCGGCCGCCGGGUGAAACAGAGGUAGCAAACUCGACGGCAGUCUAUGAGGUAGAGAUGGUCGCCGAAGCGUUCGCAAGUGGGGCAUCGCGUCGUGCUGAGGGUUUUGUACAACGUGUGGCAAUCAAAAGCGUCUGCCUGGAUGCUAAUGAUUGCGCGAAUGAUGUUAGGACAGUGCCGGAAGAUGGUAGCGUACUGACGGAUCGAGUCGACAAUCUCCAUCGCGCGGCGGUUAACGCGGCGAAAACAUGUCAACGAUGGGAGAUCCAAGUACAGCAGGACCUGUGUGAGCAAUUCUGCCGGGAGCUGAUCGAGUUGGCCGACGGCAUAGUGCGGUGCGAUGGACGCGUCGACCCAUCGUCCAUUGUCAAGCGGACAUCGUGUCACCAGCUGCGCGUCGUCCAAAGUGUUGUCGCGGAUGUUCUGCUUCGUGUAGGUCGUGGAAUCGAGUACAUCAGAAAACUGUCUUUCCAUCACAUUGCGUUUUGCUCGAUAUUACGCUCUAGGAGUGGAGGCCUAGAUGGACAAGCUUAUGGGAGAGGGUAUCCGGCGAUUCUAGAGUGA